GCGUUGUCAUCUGAUCGCGUCACCUAUCGAUACAGCCAUGUUGAAAAACGCCCUUGACGCGCAGUAAGGGGCUAGAUACGGUCGCGUCCGUAGCCGAUGGCGGCUUUCGGUCUUGCAUGCAAUUGCGCGAUGUAACGCCGUUUCGUCAGCUAGAGAUAGACGCGAGCGUGGCCUAUGAUUGGCGUUUACCCCAUGUUUUCGGUCAAAGUGGAGACCGUCAUCAGGGCGUCUUAUCUAUGGAUGAACCACAAGUAAGCUUUGACAAGCUUCAACCACUAGGCUGGACAUGCCCUAUCCGUAUCAGCCGACGUCAAUGGCGGCAUGCCUAACGACACAGCAUCCGCGCGUUCUUCGGGGUCGCAUCGUCAGGCCAAGGAUUAUAUAGAGUCCGUCUCCUCGUCUCUCGUUCCGUAGACAUCGAGUCCCUGUCUCGUCAAUUCAUUCGCCGCCUGGAUACGCCACCAUGAAGCCCGAUGAGCGACAUACACUGGAUGACGAGGCCCAAUUGCAGGCUCUCGGCCACAAGGGUGAGCUGAAGCGCAACUUCAGUCUCCUGUCUAUGCUUGGGCUUGCUUUCGCCAUCUUGAACUCGUGGACGGCGCUUUCAUCGUCAAUCGGACUAGCUCUGCCUUCCGGUGGCUCAACCAGCGUCAUAUGGGGACUCGUCACAGCUGGUAUAUGCAACUUGUGUCUGGCCGCGUCCCUGGCCGAAUUUCUAUCAGCAUACCCCACUGCUGGUGGACAAUAUCAUUGGGUCGCCGUCAUUACCCCGCGGAAAUGGGUUCCACUCGCGUCUUUCAUUACUGGGUGGAUCAAUGUAUCCGGAUGGCUUGCACUGACUACUUCCGGAGGUUUACUAGCGUCUCAGCUCAUCUCUGGCCUAAUCGCAUUAUACCAUCCCGACUUCACGCUGCACCCAUGGCAGGUCUGGCUGAUUUAUGUCGCUUGGACGAUCAUCGCCUUCAUCAUCAACGCCUUUAUGAACAACCUUCUGCCUUACGUCAAUCGUGGCGCUUUCAUUUGGUCAAUCGGCGGUUUUGCGAUUGUCUGCAUUACCGUCCUAGCUUGCUCAUCCCCGGAAUACGCGUCUGCAGAAUUCGUCUUCACCGAAUUUAUCAAUGAGACGGGCUGGCCGGACGGUAUUGCUUGGCUUCUGGGCUUGCUCCAAGGUGGUUUUGGGCUUACCGGUUACGAUGCAGUCGCACAUAUGAUCGAGGAGAUUCCGAAUGCUGCGGUUGAGGGGCCAAAGAUCAUGAUCUACUGCGUCUGUAUUGGAACAGUAACUGGCUUCAUCUUCCUCAUGGUCUUGCUAUUUGUCUCCGGUGGCGACGCAGAGUCCAUCAUCUCAGCAGCGCCAGGCCCCUUGUUACAGAUCUUGUAUAAUGCUACAAGCAGCCGAGCUGGAGCAGCAUGUCUACUAAUGUUCCCAUUGGUUUGCAUUCUCUUCGCAGAGACUGCCAUCAUGACCACCUCUAGUCGCAUGACAUACGCAUUCGCUCGGGAUGGCGGCCUUCCAUUUUCCAAGUUUUUCGCAAAGGUGCACCCACGCCUAGGUCAGCCGCUCAACGCCCUAAUUCUGGCUGCGACUUUGACUAUUCUCUUUGGAUUGAUCUUAAUCGGAUCGAGCAGCGCUUUCAACGCUCUUAUCUCAGCAUCAGUUGUUGCCUUGGGUGUGAGUUAUGCGAUACCCGUUGCGAUCAAUGUCUGCCGUGGUAGGAAGAUGCUCGGACCCAGAGCCUUUGUUUUGCCUGGACCUUUCGGCUGGAUUGCGAACUUGAUUGGUAUCGCAUACACUAUCGUCACUACUGUUCUCUUCUUGUUCCCGCCUGAAUUGCCCGUCUCAGCUUCGAGCAUGAACUACUGCGUCGUCGCCUUUGGUAUAAUCCUGUUCAUUAGCACCUUCCAAUGGUUCGUAGAUGGACGCAAGAAUUUUACUGGCCCUCGAGCAGAUGUGGGCCUCGAAGUCUUGGAAGCCAUGAAAAGCCAUGAGCCAACCGACGCUACAGCUCAACAUUCCAAGGCUGUCGAUGGGGGGAAAGACUUACAUGAGAUGGAAAGGUAGGAACUACUACAAACAGCAACAUAAUCUAUGAUUCUAUGUCCCUAGGCGCUACUCUUCCAAGUUUACAUCAUGGCCUAGACACGGUCAUGCGCCUUGGCCACAUAGCCAGUGAAAGUGCAAAUUAGGCCCAGCCUUUGUCAUUGAAAUCAUCCUCCGCGCCAUUAUAUCAACACAACCUUUCACUUCGCUUGGCACUGUGACAGUACCGAUGCCCCACGCUCUCCUAACUAUAUAUACC